AUGUUUUUCAGCAUUGUUUAUAGUGUUGGGGGAAAAUCUAAGUCCCCGGGUCCGUUGGGUGGAGGCUCAGACGAACCACAACCUCGCUGGAGAGCCCCCCGUGCUCCUGUGAGAUGCCCCAUCCACCCCACCAGCUCAGCAUUCACGAGUUGUACCUGGGACCUCAAGGGUGAAAACCUGUGGAGCAGUAAAGAAACGUACCACAGCAGUUCUCUGUCAGACAUGGUAGUAACACCAGUAAACCCUGGGCAGGACGUCGUAUUCUGGAGUGCAGGCCAAAACGAAGAGCACCCCCCAAAGGUUCCAGAAAGAACAACCUAUAAAUGUUACCGGGAUCACGUGGGCCAUCAAAGAUGUCUUUCAAGCAGUGCCCACCAGCCGUCCCUGGGGGGACAUGCUCUGAAACUAGGCAGCAGCAGCAGCUCUCCGACUAGCAAGCAAUGGGAGGUGGGAUCUCAACAGAGCAACAGAUCAGCCUCAGGGAAUCAAGGACUGUCUAAGGCAGAGAACCCCCUGUCCCCCAACCACGUGCAGUGGUGCAAGAAGUCUGAAAACACUCCUCAUCUGACCCAGGUUUCAAGCCCAGGCUUCUUUGCCAAGGGAAAGGACGGUGCCAACUCGUUCUGGAAAGCAGCAGAAUAUGCAUCAUCGAGUGAUGAAGUAGGCAGCAGUGAUGAUGAUGAUGUAAAUCAUACCAGGCAACCGCUAAGUAAUAGAGCGGCAGAUUCCUCAAGGACAAGAGCUCCGUAUGGAAUUGAACUGAAACCUCAAAGCAUCGUUGUGGAGCAGAAGGAUAAAUUUGGAGGGAAACAAAGUUCCAGCACCUACGAAGGGCUUUGGAGCAUAAACAACCAGAACUAUCUCCUGCCAGAUCUCCUCCAGCAAAGCCAGAUUUCUGACUCCUCAACAAACCAGCAAAAGGUUACGCAGAAUAGUCAGGGAGCCCAGAAAAAAUCCGCGAAUAAUAAGGCAUCAAGCACUGAAAGCACCCCCUCAAAAAGCAGUACAUCAUCUACAGUAUCAUUUACUUCAUUCAUAGACCCUCGGCUUCUACAAAUCUCCCCUCCCACCAGUCCUGCGGGAUCAACAUGUAGUUCUCCAUCUAGUGCAAAACCAGAACCUGUCAGGAGAGAAAACGCAAGGAAAGGCUCUGUUGUCAAUGUCAACCCAACCAAUAUCCGUCCACAGAGCGACAGUCCAGAAAUUCGCAAAUACAAGAAGAAAUUUAACUCGGAGAUCCUUUGUGCUGCUUUGUGGGGAGUAAACUUACUAGUGGGCAUGGAGAAUGGGCUGUGGCUGCUGGACAGAAGUGGUCAAGGACGAGUUUACUCACUGAUUUCAAGGAGACGAUUCCAGCAAAUGGAUGUUCUGGAAGGACUCAAUGUGCUAAUUACCAUCUCAGGUAAAAAGAAUAAGCUGAGGGUUUAUUAUUUAUCAUCGUUAAGAAACAAGAUUUUGCACAAAGAUCCAGAAGUGGAGAAGUGACAAGGCUGGGUGUCCGUGGGAGACUUGGAAGGCUGCAUACACUACAAAGUCGUGAAAUAUGAGAGAAUCAAAUUUCUUGUUGUUGCUUUGAAAAACUCCGUCUAAGUCUAUGCUUGGGCUCCAAAGCCGUAUCACAAAUUUAUGGCUUUCAAGUCCUUCAUUUCACUUCAUCACAAACCACUGUCAGUUGACCUGACAGUUGAAAAUGGACAACGGUUAAAAGUGAUCUAUGGCUCAUUAGUAGGAUUUCAUGCCAUUGAUGUGGACUCGGGAUUUGUGUACGAUCUGUACUUGCCGACACACAUCUAGGGAAUUAUUCACCCACAUGCCAUUAUCAUCCUCCCCAAUACUAAUGGAACAGAACUUUUACUCGCCUAUGAAGAUGAAGGAAUCUACAUUGAUAUAUAUGGGCACUUCACAAAAGAAACUUUACAGUGGGUGGAGAUGCCAGCCUCUGUAGCUUAUCUUCAGUCUAACCAGGCCAUGGGCUGGGGAGGGAAAGCUAUUGAACUGCGCUCUGUGGAAACAGGAAAUCUGGAAGGCGUAUUUAUGCACAGUAAAGCACAGAAACUAAAAUUCCUGUGUGAAAGAAAUGACAAGGUACAGAUAUGGUUAAUAGUUGAAUAAGAAAAACAAGAUUCACCUAUUUAUUUAUUUUUCUUUAACAUGUUAUUGAUGGUGGAUUUUUCUUACUUUGGCAUAACUGCUCAAUCAAAAGCAACCAUAGGUGCUGAUCCCACCAACUGCCUUUUAUAGACAAAAUCCCACAUCUGAAGCCAGACAGGUCAAGUUUGGAGCCUAUGCACACAUAUUUGCACUUUUUACUUACAAGAAUCUCAUUGUUAUUAACUUUCAAAAUUCAUAUUCCUUCAGUCAGGAAGAAAUUCCAUUUUCCUGUCAAAUUAUUGCGAAAGUGUGUCAUUCCAUCUAUGAAAAACAUGGUGCAAACCAAGACUGAAUUCACAACGUAGCAAAUAGCAACUGUAUUGAAAAACGUAGUGACUAUAAUAGGCUCCUGCACUCUGACAAGUGUACAUGUUUUGCACAGAUAUUGUAAUUUUAUUAUUUUGAACUGAAAUCUUUCUCUUUGGAUGCAAUAUCUGCAGUAUCAAAUAUCUGUAUUGAGUUGUGAGUUAGAAUCUACUUGAUUUUGAAUUGUUUAUAGCUUGCUUGACUUUCUUUUAACCAAAUUAUUACUGUCCAAGUCUCACUAGUGAGCUAGCAACUAUUCACAAAGGGGCUUAGUGCACACUUGGGCAUUCAGGGAUAGAUGCAUGCCCUGGGUGUGGAUGUGCUUUGCUGCAGAGCUCUGUAGAAACAGCUGCUGGAUACAUAGGCAUCAGCCCAGGAGCAGAUUUUACAAAAUGCAUAGGGCUGACUCUGUUAAUCUCUCAAGACAGGAUGCCUUAGUCCUUAGACACAGUUACUGUAGAAUGUAUUUGUAAAGAGAAUUUAAAUAGCAGUUUAUCAGAACCAAUAAACACAGGGCACCAUGGACAUCUAUAGACGUGCUCCAGGAGUUGGGAGGGGGGAGUGUGCUCUGAUUAGAUCAGCUUCAAGAGCCUCUCUAAUUAAAGCACUCAGAGCAUCACAUGUAUCAGUGACCCUGUGCUGAAAAAUGGCAGCGGGGAUGCUUUAACUAAAUCUCGUUGAACAAGCUUUAGUUAAAGGGCCCCUGCUGCCAUUUUUCAGUGCGGAGAUACUGAUACACAUCAUGCUGGAGUCUACUGGAGUACAGUUAUUACCACGCUCCAGCAGACUCAAUUAAUCAAAUCUGCUCCAACGUGCUGUAAUUACAGCAUGUCGGAGCAGCCUCGCUGCACUUGUAUAGGUGCCUAUUAGGCCUCUGACUGUUACUUAUACAAGUAGAUUCAUUCCAUGUGAGAUGAUGUCAACAGCACUAUUCAUGGAUGCCAGGGUGCCCAAUCAGGGACCCUUUCUUUACAUGAUUCUCAUACCUGCUUGUUCAAUAUCAGAACCUACAUUUCCUAGUUUGUAAAUAUAAGUCUUUCCAAAAUGGAUGCCAUGGUUAACGAAUGUAUUCUUAAUAUAUUUAUAAAUUUAUCCAAAGAGCCAAUUUAUUAUAAAUAGAAAAGAUAAAUAAUUUCAGGCACUCUUUCUAUACUAAUUCCUUCUAAAUAAAGCCACGUCUACUGAUGGCAUUGAUUUGAGUGCUUCUGUUAUAAAGCUAUUCUCAGGGGCUAAUAUCUUGGCCAUCAAGUAUAUAGACAUACUAAUGCGGAACCUUAAGGUUUAAAUGCACAGUCAUUAGUUAGCUAAUGUUCAUGCAGUGCUUUCAAAAUGUAAAGCGUGAUAUAAGUGCAAAAUAUUAUUAUAUAUGAUAAACUGGACAUGCACCUCAGUCCAGAAGUGAUCCAGUGUAGAGCAUACUGUAGGUAAAAGGAAAAAAAAAUAAAUAAGGUAGUUAACAGCAGUAUUUAAAAAUAAUUAUUUUUUCAUUUGUAGAACUGAAAGGUGCCUGGGAAAUGGUUCUGGAAUAGCUAGUCUUCUACCUCUAUGAUGAUGAUUCAGAAUUGGGUAGGUAGGUAACAAUGAAGAGUGAAGCUUGUUACCGACCGGUGACAGUUUUGCAACAAAUGUGAAUUGAGGAUGCAGUCACAGUCUAAUUGGACCAGGACCAUGUUGCACAACCAUCUCCAGAACUGGCAGCAGAGAAGCCAAAGACGGGUUGAGUGUGGAGGCUAAUCAGUAUUCUUGUCCCUCGUAGUGGUCUUCCAGGGACCAAGGGCUGGACAGUGUUAGGGAAGCCAUCCCUGCUGUUGUCCAUAUGCUUCAGCUAGAGGAUUGUGGUUUCCAAAGCUGUCAACCCAGCACAAGUCAUGAUUAUUAGUUUUGCCUCUGACCAUAUAGUGAGUGUUAUACACAUUAAACAUGCUUAUGUCAAAAAGUUUGAAUGACCAAAUUGUCCCAACCAAAGGCCAGGCUCAGAAUGUGCAUGCGCUGCAUGCCCAAAUGGCUGCCUGAACACCCAAAUUGAAGUUCUCAUCAGCGUUGGGUUGCCCCUGGGUGGACUGCUGUGCCAAGCCAGAACCAUGUUAAAAGCAGUGGGGCCUCAGCUUAUGUGCAGUGAUCUUCCUAUCCACUAGCAGUUGCAGAAUUGGAACUAUUGUAAUUGCAUGGGGUAAGUAGGCAUCUAGUUUUUCAUAAGUCCUGAUUUCUGGGCUACUGAUCCUUGGGCUUUCUGUGCUCUGUUUUCACCAAACAAAAGCUGCAAGUUUAAAAAUAUAAGUAAAGGUAAUUGCUGACCAGCAGAAAAUCAGAAAAUAAAAUUUACUUUAAAAAAAAAACCCCAAAAAACUAAAAUACAGUGAAGAAAGGAUAUCUUUCAUUAUAUGCCCAGUAGGUGUGCAAAGCUUACUAUCAAAAUGCUCUUGCUAUAGCACAAAUCAGUGAUCCAGGCUGUCCUAUAUACUUUUUAAAGUAUGCUGUAUCAUAGCAGCCUCUGUAUUACAUUUCUGAAUGUCCUGGUGCCAGUAGUUACAAGGCAGGUUCUCCUGACAUUAGCAACUAAUUCAGAAGAGUUUAGCACAAAGCAGUGGGAGCUUGGAACAGCCCCUGCCAAGAGAUUGAAGAAGCAGGUGUGAUUAAACUGUUCUUUUUUUAUAUUAUACCAGAAAAAUGUGAGUGAGUUGACAUACUGUAAAACUGUUUAGAUCCAUACCAAGAAUAAAAGCUGAGCUUGUGUGAGAGAGAACAUAGCAUUAUAUUACUAUUUAAUCUCCCAUUCUGUCCCCACUCUACUAGUGCAGAUUUUUCUGUAUGUGGUAAAAGAUUGAGUUAGAUUUUCAGAUCUCUUAGACAAAUGCAACUUUGUGGAAGUGAGUGGUAUUUCACUCAUGACAAUACAAACCUGCCCCAAAGAGGUUAACAUUUCUUAAGGGAUUUAAGGGAGGAAUUCCAAGUAAUAAUGGGAGUUGGGUGCUGCAUGGAGAAAAAUGUAAGAGCGGGAAGCUAAUCAAGACAAAAGAGAAAAAUGGAAUGACUGAAGGGAAAAGAUUGAAGAUGUCAAGAGCAGUAAUUGAAGAUGAUGGAAGUGACUGAGCAGGGAAGAGUUGUUGAAGGAAGUGAAUAGAAGUAGCUGGAGAGAGGAGAUAAAUGUCCAGAACAGUGCCUGAAACAGGAGCAAUGGAGAUGGUUGAUGUAGGUCAAGCUGGGAAAGUAGAACAGCAGAAGAGAUUGAAAGGUAUCUGUAGAUAGAGUUUAUUGCAGGGAAAUUAUGAGUAACUGCUGAAGCUGAGAGCACAUAAGGUUCAGAAGCUGAAGAGAAAAAAAAGUCAGAGACCCAAAGUCAUUUCUGAUGAUGAUUUAACUUUGCAGAAUAUAUCUCUGGUUUUUCAAAUUGAGUUUGCAAGAAGCUGUGAUUUUUCUUGUACUUCAUUAGAAGUUUGUUUUAAUUUGUUACUUGUGUUCUUAAAAGAAACACAAGCUGUUACAUUGUGGUUUUUUUUUCUUUUUUCUUUUGUGAAAUCUUUUUGUUCCAAAAAUAUAUGGCCAACACAUUAAACAAGGCUCCACAUGAAGAUGAUUGUACUUUAUACAAGCAGUUUUCCUACAACAAAUGGAGCUCCAGAUAAUUAUACUUGUAUGAAGUUUGAGCUAAUAUUCCAUCAAAGUUGUGUUGUGUGGUGUCUGCAGUCCAUCUAGAAAUGAUAAACUGUAUUCUUCAGUAUGCACCCUGAUGUCUAACUUCAAAACCUAGGAACAAUGCAAACUGACUAUGUACUGUACAUCAAGUGGGGGUGGGGAGGGUUCUUCCUUUUAUUGAUCCCUUACAUUCAAAAUGUACAUUUGAACCAGUAAAUAAUAAAACAGUAUUCUGAAAUGAA